AUGAACGCCGAAAAACCACCUUGCAAGACUGAGGAGCCGGUCGUCUCCCCGUCACAGGAUACAGACUCUGGCCCGGAUGCCUCUACUAUCGACGGAAAAGGCCCGCCCCCUUUGCUGGCCAAGCUCUUUGCCGUUUUGUUCAUCUCGUGCAUUAGUUUCGGCUCGCACUGGAGCUCUGGCGUAACCGGCGCCAUGGAGAGUACUAUCAAAAAGCAAAUGCAAGUCUCUAACACGCAAUUCUCGCUUCUAGAAGCAAGUGAGGACUUUAUGGCCACUGUACUCUUAUUGAUUAGCGGGAUCGUGACGGAUCGAAUUGGAGGCGCGGAAAUGAUCGUCUACGGAAACAUCGUCAACACAGUCGGAUCCAUCCUUGUCGCAGCCGCGACGACUGUACGCUCUUUAAACUUUAUGAUCGGCGGCCGGGUCAUUCUUGCACUGGGGGAUAUCGCUACGCAAGUUGCGCAGUAUAAGAUGUUUUCCUCGUGGUUUCCUCCUAGCAAUGGGUUUGCGUCUACGCUGGGGUUUGAGUUGGCGAUCGGGAAGAACACCGGCAAUUUCGCCUGGGUCUUCUGGACCUCUGUUUUCAUGGACCUCUUCACCGACGCCGUGACAGCCAUCUUCUAUCUCUUCACGCGGUACUGCAACAAGCACUAUACCGGGCGCCAAGACAGUGCAUUGAAGGAAGUGCUAACAGAGAAGAACAAGAAGUUCGAGUUCCAAAAGAUAUUUCAACUGCCCUGGAUGUUUUGGGCCGUCAUGGCAUUCUCGCUCUUCCAGACGAGCACCGCGCUGGUCUUUAGUCAGAAUGCUACGGAGCUCGCGGAGAAGAGGUUUGAUGUCGACAGUAUCACGGUGGGAUGGUACAGUUCGUUGUCACAGUAUGCUGGUGUCUUCAUCGAUUUUCUUGGGAAUCGAGCGAGCGUCUUAUGCGUCUGCGGCCUCGGAAUAUUCCUUAGCAUGGUUCUCGUCAAUUUUGCCAACACAAAAGCUGGCACUGCCGCUUCCUUCGGCAUCUAUGCAAUCGCUGUCUCGCUCGGACCGACCUCCAUAAUUGACAGUAUCCGAACAACACUUUGGCAUCAGUCUGUAUUCGGCUCUGCAUAUGCUUUGAAAGUCACUAUGAAUAAUGCGUACGCUAUCCCUCCUUCUUUCUCUUUCCCUUUGCGACCAACAGUCACUGACGAAGCAGAACAGCAUGAACAUAAUCAUACGCAUUAUAACCAGCGCUCUCCAAGACGCUGA